AUGGAGAAGAUAUCAAAUCUACUAGAAGACAAGCCAGUGGUGAUAUUCAGCAGGAGUUCAUGCUGUAUGAGCCAUACGAUCAAGUCGCUUAUAUCUGGCUAUGGUGCGAAUCCCACGGUCUACGAGCUAGAUGAGAUGUCUAACGGAUCGGAGAUCGAACGAGCACUGGUCGAGCUUGGGUGCAAACCGACCGUGCCAGCUGUCUUUAUAGGGCAACAGCUCAUAGGUGGUGCGAAUGAGCUUAUGUCUCUUCAAGUCAGGAACCAACUAGGUUCGUUGCUCAGAAGAGCUGGAGCCAUAUGGAUUUAA